UCCGACGAGACAAGGUUGUGUGUAUGUGCGAAAGCGAUGGGGGGCUGGUCACCCGGGCGACGGAUGUUACAUCGAUUUUUUGAGUCAUCAGUGGCGCGGGAGUAAAAUUUGAGUCAGCUGCUGAAGCACACUCAACAAAUAGAUCUAGGCCCUGCACAUGGAUACGUUACACGAAAGCUAAGAGCCAGACAACAUAUUGUAAGUGUGUUCGGUGUUGUUUGGGAGCUUUGCAGAACAUCACAUGUGAAAUAAGCCUACCUCGGCUGUGGAGGAGAAUUACUCGAUUUACGCAAGUUGUAUAUCCAGUCAAGUUAUUAGUAAGAGUCAUGGCUGACAAGGAUAAGAAAAACCCCAAGGAUGAUGAUGACUUCGAUUUUUUUGCACCUCAUCCUCACCCGACCAAAGUACGAGUAAAGCACUCUUUCUUCAAUAUGGUACCAGAUGCUUAUAGUGGAAAAUCAAUUGAUUUCAAAGAAGAUCCGAGGAGAACUCCAACCAAGAAACCUAACAAGAGCACCGGGGAAGAAAAGAAGGAGGAAAAUAAGGAACAGAUUGAGGAAAAUAAGGAAGAGGAACCAAAGAAGGAAGAAGCACCUCCAGUAGAGGAGAAGUUGGAGGCAAAAGCUGUGGUGGCACAGGAGGCAAACCCCUGGGAUAGUUCCGACUCGAGUGCACAGUCAAGACUGUUUCUCAAAGGUGGACGAAUAGUGAACGAUGACCAUUCUUUUGAUGCCGAUGUCUAUAUUGAAGAUGGAAUUAUCAAACAGGUGGGUAACAACCUGGUCAUUCCUGGGGGAUCAAGGACGAUUGACGCCCGCGGCAAACUCAUUAUACCAGGUGGUAUCGACACACAUACACACAUGCAGUUGCCGUUUAUGGGAACGUUUGCUGUGGACGAUUUUUACAGUGGAACUAAAGCGGCCCUGGCCGGAGGAACAACCAUGAUCAUUGACUUCGUCCUCGACCAGAAGAACGUAUCACUGUUGGAAGCUUAUGACAAGUGGAGGAGCUGGGCUGAUGGCAAGGUCUGCUGCGACUACGCGCUUCAUGUCGGGGUCACAUGGUGGUCAGACCAGGUCGCCAAGGAGAUGGAGGUCCUGUGUAAAGAGAAAGGUGUGAACUCUUUCAAAGUGUUCCUGGCGUACAAGGAUGUGUUCAUGUUGGAUGAUCACGAAGUGUACCAGACAUUCAUGAAGUGUCGAGAACUUGGAGCAAUUGGCAUGGUCCACGCUGAAAACGGACAUUUAAUUGCAGAGAAAUCCCAGGAGAUGAUAGAUAAUGGUAUCACUGGACCUGAGGGCCACGAGAUGUGUCGUCCAGAGGAGGUAGAGGCUGAAGCCACACUACGAGCUAUCACGAUAGCACACCAGGCUAAUUGCCCACUGUAUGUUGUUCAUGUCAUGAGCAAAUCUGCAGCAAAGGUUGUGACUGCGGCCAGGAGAAGAGGUAAUGUUGUGUUCGGUGAGCCGAUUGCUGCUAGUCUUGGUACGGACGGAACCCACUACUGGAACAAGUGCUGGAGACACGGGGCUGGACAUGUGAUGGGACCACCUCUCAGACCAGACCCCUCCACUCCGGGCUACCUCAUGGACCUCCUAGCUAAUAAUGACCUCCAAGUGACCGGAACAGAUAACUGCACCUUUAACGCUGACCAGAAGGCAUUGGGCAAGGAUGAUUUUAGAAAGAUUCCUAACGGUGUAAAUGGUGUUGAGGACAGAAUGUCUAUCAUCUGGGAGAAGGGAGUUGCCUGUGGUAAGAUGGACCCCUGUAGGUUUGUAGCUGUCACUAGUACCAAUGCUGCCAAGAUCUUCAACAUUUAUCCUCAAAAGGGCCGUAUCGCUGUAGGAUCUGAUGCAGACAUUGUGGUCUGGGACCCGAAGGCAACCAGAACUAUCUCUGCUAAGACUCACCAUCAGGCUGUAGAUUUCAAUAUAUUCGAAGGCAUGACGUGUCAUGGCGUUCCGGAUUACGUCAUCACCAACGGCCAUGUCGUGUUAGACGAGGGACAGCUGCGUGUGACACAGGGAAUGGGCCGAUAUAUUCCUACACCCUGUAACUCAGAAAUAGCAUUUAGCCGAAUCAGAGAGAGGGAGAGGACCUGUCAGCCAUGUAAGGUAGAAAGAGACCCAUACGAUGGACCGGUUGCAAAGAUUGAUGGAAACAUGCUGGAUGUGAUAACAAAGUCGAGCAACCCAAUCCUGUCUGCUGAUGCUGGAUCAGACAAGUUUAACUCUCACAGUCGGCCAGCCACCAGCAGUGGUGGGAGAAACCUUCAUGACUCUAGCUUUAGCCUCAGUGGUGCUCAAUACGAUGACAGACAAGUUAGAAAGGCAUCAACACGUUCACUUAACCCACCAGGCGGAAAAUCGGAGGGCAUCUGGUAAAGGUCACAGGUUAAAGUUCAAGACUGGAUAAGAUGGGGUUACAGGGGCCAUGAGGGACAGAGAUGGAUCUGUUUUAUUUCAUGAGUAUUCAGCAGUAACUGAUUACCGCUUUUAUUGUUAGUGUGUGGAGCAGGUCAAGGUCGUUUCAAGUCAAGGUCAAAGUCAGGGAUUGAACAGUUAACUAUGGAAUGUCUCCAGUGAACAGUAGGAUUUUCAGUUUGUACUUGACAUAGAAAUACAUAUAAAACUUUUUUAUUUUUUUUUCAAAAUAGGAUUUUCAAAUUUGAAUAUGUAUAUUACAUAUAUUGAGAGUAGAUAAUUGGAUCUGUAGGGUCCAUCAUAACCAAACAAAAUCUAUGUCUCUCAGUGUCAGCCAACUUACUUAUAUAUUUUUUUUUCUGCAAUCAUGGUGUAUUAUUUACUUCCAUAUUUUACACUGGUUGUACUUGUGUGUUGUUAUAAUGGGAUGUAUGAGUCAUUUCUCUAAUUGUUUAUUGGAUGAUAAACAUAGGAAUAUAAACUAAGAAUCUGAAGGAAUUCUGACUAUUUCUGCCUGAUGUGUACACAGUGUGUACUCAAGGAAGGAUAUAAGGCCAUGCUGUAGUUUAUCGGUGCCUUUCCUCCUGGUUAAAUAAUGAAUCUCUUAUCACAGAAUCCUCAAACGCCUUAUUUCUGCACUUUGCAACAUACUUGAAAUAAAGGAUUCAAAAGAUCUGUAGAGAAUAGUUUUACUUAUUAAACUCAAAGAUCUGAUGGAUUUAUACUGGUAAUAAACUGACAAUCAGAACCGUCUAACCAUGAAAAUACCCUGAACAUCGGAUGAUUGGAGUUUAUGAAUACACCUUAUCAAUUUAAACAAAUAAAACCUCUCACAUUUAUAGAAAUGUCUCUGUAUGAUAUAGAAAUGUCUCUGUAUGAUAUAAAAAUGUCUCUGUAUGAUAUAGAAAUGUCUCUGUAUGAUAUAGAAAUGUCUCUGUAUGAUAUGAAAAUGUCUCUGUAUGAUAUAGAAAUGUCUCUGUAUGAUAUAGAAAUGUCUCAGUAUGAUAUUGAUAUACUUUUUGAAUUUGGAUCGUGUGCUAUUGAGGCCUGUGUUAUUGUGUCUAUAUGUGCACCACACCACUACCCACGGUGGAGCCACCGGACGUCGAGUGGAGCCAUCAGAUGUCCGGAUGUCUAGUAGGUUGUUACAUAUUCCGAGGACUAAAGUUCUGUGUAUGUCCCUAAUGUCAUUUUAUGUCAAUCUACGGUGAUGAUACUUGAUAUUGAGAUAAAAGAAAAAACACCAAAAAUUGAAAUAUUGCUGCUUUUGAAUUAUUAAAUUACUGAUAACCAAUUUAACUUCACAUAUAUAUUUAUGUACUCUGGUUUAUUUAAAUACAAUUGUAUAAACCAUAAUCUCUCUUCUCACGAGAUGGAAUGAUUUUCUUUAUAAAACAGAGUGUUCCAUUGUGGAUGCGAGGGGUUGUAAAUGUUCAGAUCUGUCUCCUCAAACCGUUUGAAGUACCUGUUACACUUCUUAGCCUGAAGUUUAUAUACUGUGCCCUAAUAGCUUUGCAAAUAACUGUUAUUUAGUGUAAAAUAUUGUUAAUGUGAGUUUGCUGACGAGCUUGAACAGUUAUUUGAUUUGUGUCAGUGGAAAUAGCAUCUUCUAGAUGUAUGCUGAACUGUUCUUAAAAGUCAUGCAAACAAUAUAUAUCCGAGUAUCCUGCCUUAAAUGUUAGGGAAUAAGAAUGACUUUCAGUGUUGAACUAAAGCUCCAAAGUCCAGAAGUCUUGGCAAAUAUUCAGAAUCUAUUAUUCUUUCAGACUAUUGUUAUCAAGAGGUUUAACAUAAAAGCUGUAUAUGUUAGAAUUUAGUAUUCCUGUAUGUGUAUCCAUUGUACAUACGUAUUGGCGGGUGGUUUUAUCAGUAAGGUGUAGUUGUAUGUGUAUCCAUUGUACAUACGUAUUGGCGGGUGGUUUUAUCAGUAACGUGUAGCUGUAUGUAUGAUGUAUAUCUAGGUCAAGGUUUCACAGAUAAUUUAACAGUUUUGUCAGUUCAAUGGGAAAUCAUAAAUAAAGAGGAAAACAUCCUAGCCAAAAUCAUCUGUGAAACUUUGGUCUGAAGUAUUUGUGAACAAGUUGUUGUUGGAGAUAAUUGAUGUGUUGUACAUCGUGAAUGAUUGACAAACUGUAAAGGAUGUGUCACUUUGUGAUUUAUAUUAAUAUCUCUUUUCAGAACUCAAUCAGUAUUGUCUCAUUUUGAGGUUAUUACCACUUCUAACCAGUACAACAGACAGCAUUCAAGUCUUAUAUUCUAAGAUUAUCAGAGAUCUUCCUUUUUGUAAACAAUUCAAAAAUCCGUAAUUUAAAUGCUUAAAUGUAUUUAGUAUGUCAACAUGAGGUUUCAUAGAUCAGUGUUAUUUCCUGUUCAAAUUUUUUUCUUUGAAGCAAAUAAAAGGAAAUAUUUUCACCUUGGGCUUGUAUAGGUUUUCGUAUUGGUAUAAUUUUCUUAAUUACCGGUAUACAAAAAUUUAAUUCUUUCUUCAUAAAUCACCAUAUUAAAAAAAGCAGAAUCUGUGGUGCAUUGUUGAUUUCAUUACUGUGUGGACUAGAAAUAAUGAGUUGUAAUCACUGUAUUAACUUCUGUACAAUCCCACAAUAAUCAAACUUGGGGAUUGUUAUUUAUAGUAUAAGGGUAUCAUCAGUCAUCAUAGCUAUAGAUAGGUAUAGUGCAAGAAAUCCCCUUAGUUAUUAAAGUAAUAGAUAGUUGUUUUAAAGUUUGACAAUUCCUACUUUCAGUUUUCAGGCCUUCUCCUUUACCAUCUAAUUAAUGUAGCCUUGGUCUAUGACCUAAUCACGUCACAUGCUUUCUUGCUGUAUUUACAGUACGAAAUUAUAUAUGUAUAAAUAUCCAACCACUUUUAUUCUAUAAAUUUCUACAUGUAUGCCUGAAGUGAAAGGACUUGAACACCAACACAGGAUUGACUGAUGUGUAGAAUGAAGAAUCACCCAAGAUUUCUCUUUCUAUUCCUCAGGAUAAUGAUUACUCAAAGCCUUGUACUUUAUUCUAAAAAUUAGAUAUGAUCUCAAAAUACUUUUUAUGAAGUUUUAACUUUUAAAAGUAAUUCAAAUUUGGGAUUUUAGGAGGAGAAAAAAAAGGUUUGUUUAAAUAUGAGUAGAGAAUGUUAUUUCCAGAUUACCUCCCUUUACUUGCUUUGUUUGGUUGUUUGUGUACGAGAAGCCAUGCUAGUAUCCAGUAUGUGGUGGAUUUGUCUGUAUGGAGUCGUUAUUUGGUACAUGUACUGUUUACAUGAAUCAUGUUUUUUUUGGAUGUUAUUGUAACCUCAUAAAUUAUUUGUUGGUUUAUAUAGUAGAGCUUAUGCGGUCUCUGUCAAUCACUUCACUUUUGGUAAAGGAUUAGUCCCGUUUAUUUUCCAUCCAAAUGAUGACUGAUAACGAUCAUAGUAACAAAAUCGAACAAUUUGUGUUGGCCUUGUGGAAAAUUAGCUUCUAAAUAUUCAUGAGGGAAAUCAAUUCAUGAAUAUUCACGGACUUAUCCUGAAAGUGAAGUGAUGAUCAGUAUUCAGCAGAAGUGAUCAUUAAAACACUGCCUUUGUAACUAUGUCAGCUAGAGUUUGUCCUGUCAGCAAUAUUUCAAAUACUUUCUGUAUGGAAUAAAUAUUAAGUUAAAGAAACUAAA